GGAUUUUGAGGAUUUCUUCCAAGAUCAUCUUCAUCAUAAUCUCUACCAGUUCACCAAGCAAACAUGCAUCUCCUAUUGACAGUUCUGGCAAUUGCAUUACUUAGUUGCUUAGUGGUGUCAAAUCCAGAGGUGUUAAAAUCCUUCAAACACGCUGCUGUCAUAAGUGGGGAGAAGCUACAGGAACUCAAAAGUUCUCCGUCUGUCACAGUUGUGUAUUAUUUUACAAAAGAUUUGCCAAGGUACAAACUGUUCUACUCUGAAUAUGACAAGUCUGCUAAGUACCUUGAAGCUUACAAUGUGAAGUUGGCAGUGUUUGACUGCACUGCAGAUGGUCCAAAAGAUCCAAUGUGUGACAAGGACAGAGUCGAAAGAAAUGUUUACACUUAUCAGAAAGGCAUAGAGCUUUUACCCCUUGAAGUGGAGACCAUGUUUGAUGUCAACUCUAUCAUGUCGAAUGCCCUUCAACUGGUUCUCCUGCAUGAAGUCCCCAUCAUCUCGUCUCGUCUGGAGAAACACGAGCUUCAAAAGGAUUUGGCCGGCAAAGAAGAUCUCAUCUUUACUUAUGUACAAGCUGUUGGAACUCAAGAACACAGAGUCUACAUGGAAAUUGCCUACACUUUUCAAGAUCGCUACAAGUUUGCACUGACUACUGAGUUCAAGUCUUUCAGUGGACUGCAAGACAGCGAGAUUAUCAAGCCAAAUACAGGUCUGGCCAUGUGGGUUUUGUUGUGCUCAGAGACCAGUCCGGAGAAAGUGACUGCGACUGGUGACUGCCGUAGCGUCCUGUACCGUGGACCCUUCACUCUCUCAGCCCUGGCCACUUAUGUCCAGAGAUUGGGUGAUCGGACUUUGUUCUUUUCGUCCAAGGAUGGAGUGACUGAGAUGUUUGAGAUGGGCGGCCCUCUUCCUGUGAUCUAUGUGUUCAAAGAUCAGGCGACCUCUGAAGAAGCUGAGCCUGUUAUUGAUUUACUGUCUCAUGAUCUGAGAGGUUUUGCCAAAGUUGUAAUUGUUGAAAUGGAUGAUGAAGAGAACAAGAAGGCUGCGGAGUCUCAAGGCUUCCAUGGGUCCCUGCCAGCGUUGUCAGUAAAGGCAGAGGAUGGUGCUGUGAAAUAUUUUGAUCCUUCUACAAAGUGGACGAUUGAGAAUGUUCAAGAUUUCCUGGUUUCUUAUGUGUUCCCUGAUGGUGGAUUCGAACCUGGCGACACAUCGGAGGUUGUCGAGUCUACUGACCUGGAGACUCAGGGAGACGUGGACAGUUUGAUUGAAGAAGUGGAGACCCAGGAUGACCAAGUGGCGGAGGCCGUGUUCCAUCUGCAGAUCAAAAAGAUGAAGUUGGACCACGUCCCAGCCCUGAUGAAGGCCACAUUCUACAACACAGUCAAGUCUGAUGAUCUUAUGGUGGUUUUGUAUUAUCUGCCAUUUGAUUCUGUGGGGAUGGCUUUCCUGAGAGACUUUGGAACUGCUGCAGAAACAUUGGCGUCCAAUUUCUCUCAGACAAAUGUUUUGGCUCGAGUUAACUGCUUUGACGCCUCUGACCUGUGUACUGCGGAAAAUGUCACACGCUAUCCCUUGCUGAGGAUUCAUCAGAAAGACGAAGCUGUCCGUGACUACAAGGGACCUUUAGACUCUGCCUCUAUAGUUACAGCUGUCAGACUUCUCCAGCUGAGGAGUCCCUUUGAGUUGAAGUCUGAGGCUGAGGUGGAGGAGUUCAUGAAGGGGAACCACCCACAGACAUUCUCAGAGUUCACGCCCACCUCGGUUCUACUUCUGGCUUCAGGGGACAACAAAGAUUUGAAGGAGACUUUCAGUGAUGUCAGCAAAGAUUUAUCAACUGUCACAGCAUUUGCUUUUGUCCUUGAUGAUCUGGCUAAGACGAUAGCACAAAAAUAUGAUGUAUCAAUGCCCUCAGUGAUAGCUCAAAAUCGGAAAGAUUCGGUUCAGCCUGUACGCAAACUGACGUCUGACUUUGAGGCAAACAGCAUGAAAGAUUUUGUGAAAUAUUCUACUGAGGCUUUUGUGCCUGAAUUGACAGUACAGAAUUUCCCGCUGUUGUACGCCAGGAAGGUUCCCUUCAUGAUCCUGUUUGUGGACAAGUCGGAUGUCGAGACGAAAGACGCUUUAGAAGUUCUCACGGCUAUUGCUACUUCUGGGAAGUUUACCAACACUCAGUUCUGUUGGAUGAAUGCGGAAUCAAAAUCCAUGGGUCAGAAAAUUUUAUCUGAAUACACAUGGACGGCUACCCUCCCAAUGAUCACUGUUGUUGAUCAUAGAAAGGCGGAGGUGUUCAACUACCAAGCUGAUGUGCUCAGAAUGGAUGCUCUCACUGAGUGGCUGGAUCGAGUUCUGACUGGCCACGAAAGGCCCUCAAAAAUGCUUCAAGACAGGAAAUGGGGAGCUCCCAAACGCCACUACGACUUCCUGGCAAUGAUGGACAAACAAGAGCAGGGACACAAUCUAGGCAUACAGGGAGAGGAAGAACAUGUGGAAUACGAGCAAGAGCAACAGCCAGAAGAGAACAGCCUGGAGUCUGACCCGGCCCGGGACGAGAUUCUGGAGGUGGACAGCGACAUCCGCGAGGAGCUUCUGGAGCUGAGGAAGUCGCGUCUGUACCACCAGAGCCCGGAACGCCGCGAGGCUGCCAGGAAGAUGAUGACCAAACAUGAAGCUGUGACAACUUCUUCGCCACAAGGCUCGGAGGCUGUAGUACCUGGCCAUGAUCACAACCACGUUGAGCUGUAGAGGAAAUGAAAAUUUUGCAGGAGGAGAAGUGUCUUUUUGAUUGGAUCUUUGAGUCUGGACUUUGGCAAAAUUGUUGUUGUUCUUUUUGUUGUUGUUGCUGUUGCUGUUGCUGAUGUUGUUAUGAGUCCUGCAGCUCCUGUUUUGUUUUUGCCCUUUGGCCAGUGCCAUACUUUUGUAUUACUGGUAGAGCACUGAUGGUGGAAAGAAAAUGAAAAAGAACAAUAUUUUUUGGAGAUGCAGUUUUUCCGAAAAGUUGGCACAUUAAAUACAUUUUUUAAAAAGUUUUGAUUAAGUGAUAUUACAGACUGAAAUAAUGAAAAGGCGGGGGAAAAUAGUUGUUCUGAGAUACCCUUGAGGCUACCAGUUACAUGUGUCGUAGGGCGUUUUUGAUGAAUCCCAUAGGUGGCUAGAGUCAGUUCUUUUCUUUUUUUUCUAAUUUAAAAAUAGAUUAACGCUCUUUAUCUGAUAUAAAUAUUGCUCUUCAAGAGCGAGCUUAAUAUGGAGGUAAUAAUAACAUUUUCAACAUACUGUGAAUAAAACCUAGUCAUUUGCAUGUUCAACCGAAUACAGUUAAUUUAAUCACUCUCAUUUGAAUAAGCCAGAUUGCAUGUGUGUCACUAAAAGGCUUUUAGUUGUUUUUUUUAUUAUAAAAAAAAAUCUGUAAUGGUGGCAAUUUUUUUGCUUUUGUAAUGCCAGUGAUACCAUUGUGUCAGGGUUAGGGUAACAGUUCUUUACCCAUUUGCCUUUUUUCAUGUGAGUGAAAAUUGAGUGCCUAAACAUCCAUGUGCCAAAAUUAGAUUAAUGUUAAAAAAAUGCAGAAGCAAAUGGGAAACAUUUUUUAUUCUGAUUGUCAUUUCAAGCACAUAAGUUUUCACAAUGUCACAAUUCCAAGUUUUAAAUUACAAUGAUAUUGUUACAUGAUAUUAAAAAGAAUUUACUAGUACAAAGUUGUCUAGCAGCUGCUUGCUGCUGUUGCUGUAGCUGUUGCAGUAAAAUAAUGAUUGGAAAAAAAAAUCCAUGUGAAGAGUAAAAUGAGAUAUGUCAAAAAUAUGAACAUGCAUAGAAAGCGGCAGAAGUAGAUAAAGUUAACAGGUAUUCGGCUGUAGCUUUAAGCUUUCUUUUAAAAAAAAACAACCCUAUUUGCUGAAAAUCUCUUCUCAUAAGCUUCUAUAUGGUGAUGGGUUGUGAUAGUAAUAGAAGUUGUGAAUGCGACCUCUCUAUUUGCUUUAGUUUCCCUUAGUCUCGGGUUUUUGGAUGAGAAUUGCUGAUUCUAAGAAUUGCUGAUGCGAUCAUGGAUUACUGUAGAGGCUUUGUAGUGCACACUUAUUUGACUAGUCAAGUUUGCAGGGUCGGGUUGAGUUGAAAAUUGGCCUGGCUAGUGCAUAGCAGCCAAUUAGGAGUCGACUUGAGUAGACUUUUGCUUUCUUCAUGAUGCGGUCCCUCUGGGCAGUUUUGUCCAAGCUUAUGUUCCAAUAUACACUACUUAGUUCAAAGUGCACAUUUUGAAAUAAACAAACUUGUGUACAUCUCCUGUUGUAAGUAAAAGGAAUAAAGAUUAAUGUACCAGAGAAGGUGGGCAAAUAUAGUUGUUUUAAUAUUCAGGAGGAAUAGAAAAUGUUAUUUCACAUCUCCAAAUUUAUUGUCUUGAGAGUUGAUGUCCACAGACCAUAUAUUUAACCUGACCUAGAAAAAAGACAUGUUUUGUUUUGGGCUGAGCAAGGCAGGUGGGGAAAGAGAGACAGCGGCUCAGGAAAAUCUGGCCAGGUUCUUAACUACCAAAGUGUAGAUUAUGCAGAAUUGUGAGGCAAUCAUGUAUGCUUGGUAAAAUGUUAAGAUUUGAAUAAAAUUAUUUUUUUAGCCUUCAGAAUCUAUCAGCUUGUGCUUGCUGACCCAGCCUGAAUGGUAGAAGUAACGGUCAUACAAGGAUUUAGCUUUUACAAGUGAAUUGAAAGUUGUGUUUUGUUUGUCAAGAAGAAAUGUUUAGUUUGAUAAUCUUGUGGUUGUAUGAGAUCGUAUUAGAUAUAGCCAUUUUGAAGAAUGGAAACAAUUUCAGAAUGGGUUUUGUUCUACUGUUUUGUUGCUUGCUUUGAAAAGAAAAAAGAUUUCAUUUUUAGUUAUGCUUUCUGAAGUUUAAUUUUCAAUACUAUGUGACUUCUGUCAAGUGAAGGAAAUAAAUAACUCUAAAAACUUUUUUUGCCUUCGUAACAACCAAAGACAAGAAAAAUUGUUUUUAAAAAUCUAAAAA